AUGCCAGCGAGGCUCUCCACGGCGCUGCGCGUGGUGGGCACCAGCCUCUUCGCCCUGGCCGUGCUGGGGGGCAUCCUGGCCGCCUACGUCACAGGCUACCAGUUCAUCCACACCGAGAAGCACUACCUCUCCUUCGGGCUGUACGGCGCCAUCCUGGGCCUGCACCUCUUCAUCCAGAGCCUCUUCGCCUUCCUGGAGCACCGGCGCAUGCGGCACGAGGGGUGCCUCGGGUUCAUGGUAGCUGCCCCUUUCCAACCACAGCGGCGCCUCGUCUCCUGUGCCAGGCACGCUCGGCUCCUGCUCUUCCAGUUCUCACAGCACCUGGAGCUCUGGAGACUUGGCUCCACUGACGAAAGCGGCAAGGAUGGCGAGGUUCUUCCCGUGAGCCGCGUGCCCGAGCACCUCGUGCAGCUCAAGAGCAAGGGGCCGGAGCACAUCUACUGCAGCUGCGUUUCGCCCUGCGGCGGCUGGAUCGCCUACUCCACAGCGUCCCGCUUCCACCUCUACCGCCAUCACUGCGCGGUGCCCAAGUACAGCUGUGCCGUGACUGCCCUGGCCAUCCACCCUCUGACCAACAACCUCGUCAUCGCCUACGCAGACCAGCAGCUGUUCGAGUUCAGCAUCCCCGAGAAGCAGUACACGGCCUGGAGCCGCACGGUGCAGAACGACGGGCUGCACAAGGCCUGGCUCGAGAGGGACUCGCCCAUCACCCACAUCGCCUUCAACCCCAGGAACCCCUCGCACAUCCUGCUUCACGACGUCUACAUGUUCUGCGUUCUCGACAAGUCCCUGCCCCUGCCCGAUGACAGUGCCUCGCUGAUGAAUCAGAGCACCCUGAAGCAGCUCCCGGCGACAGCCAGGAAGAGACAACUCCACGCUUUCAAGAUCUGCAAGAAGUUCCAGCCUCUGCUCUUCGCGGAUCUGCUGGACGAGAACUGCCUCGUGAUGGUGGAGCGGCCCAUCAUGGACAUCAAGACGCAGCUGCCACCACCCAUCCAACAGAAGAAAUUUGGCACCUAAGAGCAGGACAAGCUGCUCCUGCCACACAGACUGUGUACGUUCCUU